UCGUGGAUGCGUCCCAUUCGUGACGGCGAGUACACCAGCGUCAUCUACGGCCUAAUCCGCGAAGGUCGAUUUACCGAAGCUGCCUCGGCGCUGGCAGACUGCAGUCGCCGACAGGGGGCUCUGGGCAGCCGCGCAGCGAUCUCGCUGCUCGCAUUUUGUCACUACCAAGCGCAAGAGUUCGAGCAGGCUGCGUCCUGCUACGAGCAACUGUGCACUAUCUGUCCAGAUGAACCUCGUUACGCGUUGAGCCGCGCCCAAGCGCUUUACCAGAGCGGCAGCGCCUACGACGAGGCCCUCCAGGUCGCCGCUGCUUUGGCCGAAGACAAACCCGAGAUGGCGCCAGCUGCAAGACAGCUGCAAGCGGCCAUCCGCUACGCGCAGGAUGACCUCGCAGGCGCCCGCGCGCUUCUCUUGCAAGGCGGUCCGUCUGAAGAUGACAGUGCAGAUACGCAAGUCAAUCUCGGCUGCCUCGCCUACAAGGAAGGAAGACCCGAUGAGGCCUUGACGCUGUUCAACAAGGCGCUCCAGGUGAGAUCGCAAGCGGACGCACCUCCUCAGCUGUGGUAUGCUGUGGCGCUGUGCCAUUACGCCCGGCGGGACUAUGCGCCGGCUCUGCAGCAGCUGGCCCACAUCAUCGAGAGGGGCAUUCGGGACCGGCCAGAACUGAGCGUCGGAAUGGCCACCGAAGGACUCGAGGUCCGCAGCGUGGGCAACACGGCCGCCCUGCACGCGUCCGCGCUGGUGGAAGCAUUUAACCUGAAGGCAGCCAUCGAGCUACGGCUGGCAAACCCGGCAGCGGCGCGCGAAGCCCUCACGGACAUGCCUCCGCGCGCCGAGCACGAACUGGACGCCGUGACGCUACACAACCAGGCGCUCCUGGAGGCCGACCAGCAGCCGGCUGCAGCACUCGCCAAGCUGCAGUUCUUGUUGCAGGAGCCGCCUGAAGCAUUCGGCAACCUGCUCCUCUUGUGCUGCCGCCUGGAGCAACAUUCCCUCGCCGCCGAUUUGCUGGCUGAGCACGCGGCGCUCACUUACAGACUGCUGCCUCCUUUUCUGUACGAGUUCUUGGAGGCCCUUCUCGCCCAGCAGACGGCGCCCGAGGAAGCGUAUGCCAAGCUCGAGGCCCUGGCCGCCAGGCAGGCUGACCGGCUGCGACAGAUGCGGCAGCAGAGUGCACCACAGGCCCAGUGCGAGGCCGUGCUACGGGAGAGGUUCCUGCCAGCGCUCAUGGCUCAGGCGCGCAUACCGUGGGAGGCCCGCGACUACCCUCUGGUUGAGCGUCUCUUCCGGCGCUCGGUGGAACUCUGCAGCGAGGAAGACUGCUGGCGACUGAACGUCGGUCACGUCCUCUUCGUCCAGGAAGGCAAGUUUCACGAGGCCGUGGCGUUCUACGAGCCCUUGGUCGAGCGCGAGCAGGACCGCGACCUCCUGCGGCUGAGCCCCGCCCUGCUGGCCAACUUGUGCGUCGCUUACAUCAUGACCGGCCAGAACGAGCAGGCGGAGCAACUCAUGCGGCGCGUCGAGCAGCGUGAAGAGCAGCUCGCCUACGACCAGCCGGGCCAGAAAAUGUUUCACUUGUGCAUCGUGAACCUCGUGAUCGGCACACUCUACUGCGCCAAGGGCAACUACGACUUCGGCAUAUCGCGGGUCAUCAAGAGCUUCGAGCCGCACGCAAGCAAGCUCGGCGCCGACACGUGGUUCUACGCGAAGCGCUGCCUGCUGGCGCUACUCGAGAACCUCGCCAAGCAGGUGGUCCUCGUCAGGGACUCUGUUCUCUACGAUCUCCUGAGGUUCCUCGCACAGUGCGAGCAGCACGGUCGCACGUUGCCGUCUGCCACGGACAUUAGACCGACUCCAGCAGGGCUUGGUAGUCGCAGUGUGGCCUACGAAGCUCGCCGCUUGAGGGCACUGACGUUCACGCUCAUGUCUGCUGAGCCACACGCUUUCAGGAGCCGCUAGAAACAAGGAGUAGGAAUCUCUCUCCUGUGGGCAGCACACGAGUCAUACUUAACGUGGAACCUGAGUACAGCACUACUUCAUAAACCAUUACUUUUUCAGCGGAAUAAGCCGUGAGUUGUACUAU